AGCAAUAUGUCAGAGGAAGAGGAGUUUUACCUGUUCAAGAACAUCUCCUCGGUAGGGCCGUGGGAUGGGCCUCAGUACCACCUUGCUCCUGUCUGGGUCUUCCACAUCCAGGCAGCCUUCAUGGGCGUGGUCUUCUCUGUGGGGAUACCACUCAACGCCAUGGUGCUGGUGGCCACGCUGCACUACAGGAAGUUGCGGCAGCCCCUCAACUACAUUCUCGUCAACGUGUCCUUGGGAGGCUUCCUCCUCUGUAUCUUCUCCGUCCUACCUGUCUUCAUCGCCAGCUGUCGAGGGUACUUCGUCUUUGGCCGCCAUGUUUGUGCUUUGGAGGGCUUCCUGGGCUCUGUAGCAGGUCUGGUGACAGGCUGGUCACUGGCCUUCCUGGCCUUUGAGCGCUACAUGGUCAUCUGUAAGCCCUUUGGCAAUUUCCGCUUCAGCCCCAAGCACUCACUGAUGGUGGUCCUGGCUACCUGGACCAUUGGCAUUGGUGUCUCUGUCCCACCCUUCUUUGGCUGGAGCCGGUUCAUCCCUGAGGGCCUGCAGUGCUCCUGCGGUCCCGACUGGUACACCGUGGGCACCAAGUACCGCAGCGAGUAUUACACCUGGUUCCUCUUCAUCUUCUGCUUCAUCAUGCCUCUCUCCCUCAUCUGCUUCUCCUACGCACAGCUGCUGAGGGCCCUGAGAGCUGUGGCUGCCCAGCAGCAGGAGUCAGCAACAACCCAGAAGGCUGAGCGGGAGGUGAGCCGCAUGGUGGUGGUGAUGGUGGGAUCCUUCUGUCUCUGCUAUGUGCCCUACGCAGCCCUGGCCAUGUACAUGGUCAACAACCGGAACCAUGGGCUGGACCUACGACUUGUCACCAUUCCUUCCUUCUUCUCCAAGAGUGCGUGUAUCUACAAUCCUAUCAUCUACUGCUUCAUGAACAAGCAGUUCCAAGCUUGCAUCAUGGAGAUGGUGUGUAGGAAGGCCAUGGCAGAUGAAUCUGACACAUCCAGCUCCCAGAAAACAGAGGUUUCUGCUCUUUCUUCUAGCCAAGUCAGCCCCAACUGAAGACCCCAUACUGACCUGUUUGCAACAACUAGAAUUUUACACUUGAAUGUCUACUGUCUGCAUCAGAAACCAAACUACUAACAACACAGCAAAAUGUUGGCAAGGGGAGUGAUGGCAGUUUGG